CACUUAACACUGAUGAGAAAUUUUCAGAGAGUCAGUAGUGUUACAGAGACUACAGAGAACAUAGAAGAAAGUUUGUGAGGCCGAUAUGGACCCCAACAACUCUGCCACUGAUGAGAAGUCCUCCAUGGGCCAGUCGCCCCCUCCGCCCUAUGAGGACAGCCCCAACCCUCAGCCCGGCCCAGGAUACCAACCACAGGCCAAGAGUUCUGGGGCCUCACCGCAGUAUGGAGGCGCAGGGUUUGGGCAACAGCCGUACCCCAUGGGUCAGCCGUACCCCAUGGGUCAACCGUUCCCCAUGGGUCAGCCGUACACCAUGGGUCAGCCAUACCCCAUGGGUCAGCCAUACCCCAUGGCUCAGCCGUACCCCAUGGGUCAACCGUACCCAGAAAUGAUUUGCACCGUCUAUGUCUAUCCUCAAGUAAAUGGGACUCAAGGCCCGCUGGCUAACCCUGUCAAUGACUACUUAGCCUACUCCAUUUUCAACAUGAUCUUCUGCUGCCUGCCUCUUGGGGUUGCUGCCCUCAUCUACUCCAUCUCAGGUUGUAGAAACAAUCGUACACUUACAGAAAAAUAG